AUGUCCCCGAGGGCCACCCGCCGCCUCCUCCUCGUGGCCGGGCUCGUGGCGGCGCUGGGGCUGUCGCCGGUGUCCCCAAUCCACGUGUACACGCAGCGCGAGGUCCACGGCACCGUGGGCUCCAGUGUCACCCUGUCCUGCAGCUUCUGGUCCAGCGAGUGGAUCUCGGACGACAUCUCCAUCACCUGGCACUUCCAGGCCGAUGGCUCCCGCGACAGCAUCUCCAUCUUCCACUUCGCCAAGGGCCAGCCAUACAUCGACGACGUGGGCACGUUCAAGGAGCGCAUGGCCUGGGCGGGGAACCCGCGGCGCCGCGACGGCUCCAUCGUCAUCCACGGGCUGGAGCCCAGCGACAACGGCACCUUCACCUGCGACGUCAAGAACCCGCCCGACAUCGUGGGCAAGUCCUCGCAGGUCACGCUCUACGUGCUGGAGAGAGUGCCGCCCCGUUACGGUGUCGUGCUGGGCUCCGUUAUCGCCGGGGCGCUGCUCGUGGUGGCCGCGCUGGUGGCGCUGGGCUACGGCGGCCGCUACUGCUGGCGGCGGCGCCAGGCGGCUCUGCAGCGGCGGCUCAGCGCCAUGGAGAAGGGGAAGCUGCAGCGCUCGGGCAAGGAGGGCUCCAAGCGCAGCCGGCAGGCCCCCGUGCUCUACGCCAUGCUGGACCACGGCCGCGGCGCCAAGAAAGGCAAGGGCGGCGCCGGCAAGGAUAGGAAAUAGCGGUUAGCGGGCGGGGAGGGACCCCCGGGGGCGGCCGGGGCCUCGGGGGACCCCCGGCCCCCCAAAGUCAUCAUGACCAUCGAGAUGGAGCUGCGGGGGGAGCCCCGGGGCGCGGCGCCGCCCGCCGCCCGCUCGCCGAGCCGGGGCAGCCUCAAGAACGCGCUGCUGAGCAUCGUCAGACCCAACUCGGGGGGCUCCUGA